CACCCAACAUCACAAUUCUUUUCAAGUCUCAAAAGAGUAUUUACCUUAGUUAUGAGUUCAAUCCAAGUCCUCUCCACCACUCCGGUCCAUGCACCAAAUCACAAUCCUUGUGACCCAAAUUAUCAUCAUACAAUCGAUUUAACACCAUGGGAUCUACAAUUCCUCCCAUUUGGAGUCAACCAAAAGGGCCUUAUUUAUCAUCAUCCUUCCAACUUAGACACAUCAAAUCAAAUCGAACACCUUAAACACUCUCUUUCAUCCACCCUUGAAUUUUUUCCACCCUUUACUGGUCGUCUCAAAAUCAAGGAACACGAAGAUAACACUAUCUCGUGUUCCAUCACGUGCAACAAUGUUGGUGCACUAUUUGUUCAUGCUGCAGCAGAAAAUACCAGUGUCGAUGACAUCAUUGGAGCCACGUAUCAUCCUAAAAUUCUCCACUCAUUUUUUCCAUUUAACGGAGUGAAAAACUACGAAGGGACAUCAAUGCCAUUACUUGCAGUACAAGUAACAGAACUGGUUAAUGGCAUCUUCAUUGCUUGCACAGUUAAUCAUGUGGUCGCUGAUGGUACGUCGAUUUGGCAUUUCAUCAAUUCAUGGGCCAAAAUCUCAAAUGGUUCUCUUGAAAUAUCCAAAAUUCCAUCAUUUGAACGUUGGUUUUCAGAUGAUAUUCAACCUCCGAUUCAAUUUCCUUUCACAAUAGAACCACAAAAUAUUCAUCAUAAAGAAGAAAAACUCAACCUAUAUGAGAGAAUGUUUCAUUUCACAAAAGAGAAUAUUGCAAAACUAAAAUUCAAAGCCAACUUAGAGGCUGGUACAAAGAACAUAUCUUCUUUGCAAGCACUUUUCACUCACAUUUGGCGAUCUAUUAUACGUUCCAAAAAUCUUGACCCCGAAGAAGAAGUGCAUUAUGUGGUGGUUAUAGGCGUUAGACCAAGGUUGAUUCCUCUGUUGAAAAAGGAUUAUUUUGGUAACGCAUUGAUAGAUCCUGCUGUUAGCAUGAAAGUUGGUGAUUUGUUGCAAGACAAUGGACUUGGUAAAGGUGCUUUGGAGAUGAACAAGAUGAUUGCUUUGCAAUCUGAUGAGAUGUUGAAAAAUGAAUAUGAGAGUUGGUUGAAAACACCUAGUUUUAUUACUGAUGCUAAGUUCAAUUGUAAAACAUUAGUGGGUAGUAGUUCACCCUGGUUUGAUGUUUAUGGCAAUGAUUUUGGUUGGGGAAAACCUGUGGGGGUUCGAACUGGGGGUGCAAAUAAAGAAAAUGGAAAUAUUUGUGUAUUUCAAGGUGUAGAAAAAGAUAGUAUGGAUCUUGAAGUGUGUUUGUCCCAUGAAACUUUGGAGGCAAUUGGUAAUGAUCCCGAGUUUAUGAAUGUUGUGUCCAACUAAUGUUGCUUCUAGUGUUAUGCAAAACCUUCGGUAUAUCAUUUCAGUUCAUCUCCAGUUUGGUUUGUAUUUUGUGUUACCCAUGAAUAAUUAUGUUUUUUUUUAGGAAAUAAUUAUGUUGAUGUCUUAAA